UUUUAGAGUAAACUCAUGGAUCUCAUGAUUUCGAAUAGGACUAAGCUGAAUGGGCUUGUUAUGGAACAUCUGUCUUUGUAUAGCACGUCAUCCACUAUGCUUACGCGUAACAAAACCUUGCUGACUAAACAGUAGUGGGGUAGCUACAGAAGAUCAAUUGCAGAACUACUCUCAAGUGCCGUUUGACAGGAUACUUCAGUGUAAUAGGUUUUACUCUUCACUCGAUAGCAUCAGCGCACCGUGUUUUAUCUUCUUUAUUGAGGCAAAUCGGACAAUGGAGAGAGGUGAAUGGAACGAGGAUGAAGGCUCGUCCGACCAAAACAAAUUGUUUAAACAAUUUCAAGCUAAAACCAAGCUUAAUCUCAGCCUUAAUCUUGGCUCAAGAGAGACAGCAGAGAAAAAGGAGAGGGGGAUGUGGAUGUUCAAGAGAAAGAAAAAGAGACAUGUUUUGGACGGAGUGAUCUCCUUGUCUCAACCCGACCUGCUCUGCUCCGCUCCUGUGGGUCUUGACGGAGAGGAGUCGCCCCUCUGCGGCAAAGUGAACCCCAGCUCCGGCUACAGCCGCAACAUUAGUCAAGCAGGCGCCAAAAGAAUGCAGUCCGACGCACAGACACCCAUCAGCAGCAUGGAGAGUAAGACGCCCGCGGUGGCUUAUCUGGUACAGUCCCACCACAAGAGCUCCUCUCUUGGUUCGGCGUGUUUGGAGCGGCUGAGUGAUGAACCGGCCGCCAGGAACCAGGCUGUAGCACUGGAAGAAGAUGAUCAGCUGCAGGGCAUGGGUGCCCAUGGCGCCUCGGGGGUUAACUCCCAGCGAGCCCUCCCCACCUCUACCAUGUACAAGCUGGACAUCGACCUGAAGAGGGGGAACAACCUGGCCAUCAGAGACAGAGGAGGGACCAGUGAUCCGUAUGUGAAGUUUAAGUUGUGUGGUAAAGAGGUGUUCCGCAGCAGAAUCAUCCACAAGAACCUCAACCCGGUGUGGGAUGAAAGUACCACUCUGUUUGUGGAGAACCUGCACGAGUCUCUAUACGUUAAGGUGUUUGACUACGACUUUGGCCUCCAAGAUGACUUCAUCGGCUCAGCGUACCUCUACAUGGAGUCACUGGAACACCACAGGACGCAGCCAGUGAUCCUGAAUCUGACGGAUCCUCAUCACCCUGACCAGGACCUGGGCACUCUGGAGCUGGACGUCACCCUCACCCCUAAAGACGGCCCCCUAGAGGAGCAGAAAGAUGCCACGCGUCAGGACACCCAGCGGCUGUCGGAGGUCCAUCGGAAGGCCCAGCUGUGGCGAGGCAUCGUCAGCAUCUCGCUCAUCGAGGGUCGCGACCUAGUCCCCAUGGACCCUAACGGCCUCAGCGACCCCUAUGCCAAGUUUCGCCUGGGGCCCCAGAAGUACAAGAGCAAGACCAUGCCGAAGACCCUGAGGGCCCUCACAGCCUCCAAGGAGUUCCCAGAAUCCCCAGGGCCUAUAUCUAUGGACUAA